GCAUUCCAUUCCGAGUCUCUCUCUCUCUCUCUCUCUCCUGCUCUGCUUCCCUUUUAACCAUUUACCAAAAUGACCAAACUGCCCUUACUGUUAGACAGAUGAAAAACUGAAAAAGAGGAGCGGGCGAGGAGUCGGAGGAGAUUUGAUUUCGUUUUCAUACUCUGUCAAUCUUAAGGUCGGUGUCCGCUAGAUCCACACGGUUAACAACAGUCUUGUUUCGCCAAAAAACGAAAACCCCAAAAAAAAAGAAGAAAAAAGAAAAGAAAAUCCACCAACAUUAGCUUCGAUCGCUAAGAUUUGGAGCUCGAUCAGCUUUAGUUGUUGGAAACUUGAUUCUUUUAUGACCCUACCAUGAUAUCUACUUCAAACACAUCUGCAAUGGUGUUGUCUUCUGAAUCUUUGGACGUCAACGGAGUUCAGACUUUAAAUGUAAGCCUCCACCGAAGCAGGACCUCUUCACAGGGUUCAAUUGCCAUCCUCUGGGACAUUGAGAACUGCCCUGUCCCAAGUGAUGUCCGUCCUGAAGAUGUAGCUGGAAACAUACGAAUGGCGUUGCGUGUCCACCCUGUUCUUGAAGGAGCUGUUACAAUGUUCUCUGCUUAUGGAGAUUUCAAUGCAUUCCCCAGGCGGCUUAGAGAGGGCUGUCAGAGAACUGGAGUGAAACUCAUAGAUGUUCCAAAUGGAAGAAAAGAUGCUGCUGACAAGGCUAUCCUGAUUGACAUGUUUCUCUUUGCCCUUGACAACCCUCCACCAUCUUCAAUCAUGCUUAUCUCAGGAGAUGUAGAUUUUGCUCCUGCAUUGCACAUCCUGGGCCAACGUGGAUAUACCAUUAUCCUUGUUAUUCCUGCUGGAGUGGGUGUCUCAUCUGCCCUUAGUAAUGCUGGAAGGUUUGUCUGGGACUGGCCUAGUGUGGCCCGUGGAGAAGGAUUCGUGCCCCCCAAGGGUCUAAUGUCUCGUGUACAGGCUGACAUUUCUGGAUAUCUUAUGGGCUGCCAUUUUGGUGACAAUGCAGAUGGCCAAAUUGAUGAAGAAGCUAUUGUGUACAAAGGGAUCUCACAAAGUGGAUCAACUGUGUGGUCCAACGCUAACCAGUUCUACCGUUUUAAUUCUGGGGACUUUUCAAGGACCUCACAUUCUUUAUCUGAAUAUAACAGUAAUUUAAUUGGCAUGCCCUCCUUCCCCACAUCAAGGUCCCGGAGUUUCCCUUGUGGUUUGAACAGUGUUUCUGCAGGACCCAUUGGUGGUGACCAGAAUGAAACACAUGAACCAACAUUUUGGGUCCAACCUGGAGAUCUGAAUGGCCUAAAGGGCCAGUUGGUAAAGCUGCUUGAACUGUCAGGUGGGAGCCUACCACUUGUCCGUGUUCCUGCAGAAUACCAUAAGAUUUUUGGACGGCCAUUGUAUGUGGCAGAGUAUGGAGCUUUUAAGCUUGUGAAUCUUCUCAAGAAGAUGGCAGAUACAAUGACUGUGGAGGGCAAGGGCCACAGGAAGUAUGUCUACCUCAACAACCCCAUUGAUCGAGCAGGAAAAUUGGGCCCCAAUUCAUCAUCAUGUCUAGAAAGGAAGGAUAAGAAGAGGAAGGGACCUCAGGAGGAGAAUAAUCCAGAUAUUAGUGUGAAUGCUGUUGUAGGGUGCUCUUCAGAUGAGCUUUCAGAUGAUGAAAAGUUGGAACACGAGGAGAGGAGUGGAAAGACUGUCCCCUGGGUGGACCCAGAAAUUGACAAACAUCUUGAACAAUUUAAGCAGGAACUACAGGAGCUUCUUGUGAGCUACUCAUGUCGUAUCUUCCUAGGUUGUUUUGAAGAAAUAUAUCGCCAAAGGUACAAGAAAUCAUUGGAUUACAUGAGCUUGGGUGUGGACAAGCUGGAGGAGCUGAUUGACAAGGUAAAAGAUAUUGUGGUUUUGCAUGAAGAACCAACCAGCAAGAGGAAGUUCCUGGUUGCGGUGGGUGGCUAGAAACCGGAAAAGUGCCAUAGUACUUGCCAUAUUAACUUAUAUAAAAUCAGAUGAUUGAGGUAUGCUUUCAUACGUACCCGACUUCUUUUCUUCUUUAUGGAAGUGGGCACUGGGCAUUUGUUUCUUCUCUUCAUUCGUAAAACAAGAAAUCUGGAGCCUGUUUUCAAGGUAUCUUAUAUGACAUGCUUGCAACAAGGGUGCGCUUCCUCAAGAUGCAUGGGGGAGUUACUGUAACUGAUCAACAGCUAAUAUGAGAUUGUAAAUUUUAACUUGCAUUGUAGUCCAUCCAAAUUAUUGUGAACUUGAUGUGCCAUAAAGGUGUUGUAUGUGACAAUUACAUGUGUUGAUUACUUAAUGAUAAGUGACAUUGGGGACCCACCCUUUUUUAUGGGCUCCACCUCGGGUA